AUGCACCUCGACCACCUCCGCACGACGCACCACGUCCUCCUCCGCACGACGCACCACGGCCUCCUCCCCAUGACGCUCCGCGUCCCCCUCCUCAUGACGCACCGCGGCCUCCUCCCCGCGAUGCGUUCUACUCUGCCCGUGCCCCAGCCGGCUCACCUCAAGGUCCACCUCGACCUCCUCCAGGAGCCAUGA